AUGAAAGCUUCAUCACGACACGCCCGCCUUCGACAAAAAGUCGUCUUCAAGCAUCAGGCGAGAAAACUGGCGGCCAUGGCGGCUUCUCAGCAACCAGCUCCUGCCAGCAGGGACUCCUCGACGGCGCGAGGCGCGACGUCCGCAUCGGACCCCGUGAUGCCCAACAUCUUCAGGUCGGCUCCCGUGAUCCAAGAUGCUCUGGUCACGGAUAGCUCGCAGCUCCAGGACGACACCCUGGACGAGUGCUUGCCUUUCUUGACGGGAUACGGCCAUGAGCACUGCAACAUGCACGGAAUCCCCCCCCUCCUCCGCGGUCGUCACGUGAAGUUUCUGCACAAGCAGCUGGGCAUGUUGCCACCCACGUUUAAAUCUGCAGACGCGAGCAGGCCAUGGGUUAUCUACUGGUGUCUCGCUGCGUUGUCUCUUCUCGGUGAAGAUGUCGCCAGCUAUCGCUCGAGACUCAUCGAAACCUUCCGCCCCAUGCAAAACAAGACCGGGGGGAUAGCCGGGGGCUUUGGCCAGACCUCGCAUCUCGCCACCACCUAUGCAGCCGUGCUGGCCUUGGCCAUGGUCGGAGGCGACGACGCCUACGAUUUGAUUGACAGGAGGAGCAUGUGGAGAUGGCUCUGCUCGCUUAAGCAGCCCGAUGGGGGCUUCCAAAUGGCCGCUGGCGGCGAGGAAGAUGUGAGAGGGGCGUACUGCGCAAGUGUCAUCAUAUCACUGCUCAACAUUCCUCGCAACCUGUCGACCGACUCGCCUGCAUGCAGUGCCGGCCACACUGAUUUGUUUGACGGCCUUCCGGAAUGGGUAGCAAGAUGCCAAACGUAUGAGGGUGGCGUUUCGGCAGCCCCGGGCCUCGAGGCUCAUGGUGCUUAUGCCUUCUGCGCCUUGGGAUGCUUAUCUAUCAUUGAUUCUCCCCACAGGACUGUUCCAAAGUAUCUCAAUGUCCCGCGACUCAUUUCCUGGCUUUCGUCCCGGCAGUAUGCACCCGAAGGUGGCUUUUCCGGCCGGACAAACAAAUUGGUCGACGGCUGCUACAGCCACUGGGUCGGAGGUUGCUGGCCGCUGAUCGAGGCCAGCCUUGGCGGCCCUGAGGGGCAAAGGACCCGGCAUGCAGACAGCGCGCUUGCGGAGGCGAGUGGCAGUCUCUUCAGUCGAAGCGGGCUGAUUCGGUACAUUCUCUGUUGCUGUCAAGACCUAUCCAAGCGCGGUGGCCUGCGAGACAAACCUAGCAAAUAUUCCGAUGCUUAUCAUACCUGCUACGUGUUGGCGGGGUUGAGCUUUGCGCAGCAUAAGUGGACAUUGGCAUCCGCUCGCGCAGAUGCCCUACUGAUGCAUGGAGAUGCAUGGACUGUCGCUCCCUUCAAAUCAGACGAGGAGCAGAUUUUUGAGGAAAACGAUCGGGUCGCGACUACACACCCCGUAUACGUGAUUCCGCAGCGCAAUGUCGACGAUUGCCAGCGAUAUUUUGCCUCCAAAAUAGGCUUCUGA